AAUUUUCAAAUUAAAUUAAUUUAUCAACUUUUUUUCCUGGUUCGCGUUGCGCACCGGCCUCUAUAGCGAGCUUGAACCAUCUUCAGCUUCAGCUACUUUGCACUAACAAAGCGCCCCACGUUCUGAGACAAACCCAGUAUGCUAUCUGCCAUGGGGGAUCAGAAAGUUUCGAUUUUUCAUUGAUUGUGUAUAACUGCACAAAGAAGGUAGUGAAGCAAUGCGUAGAGCGAUCGCGUUUCUCGUUCACCCACGAUUCCUCCUUCUCUUCCUUGUUCUCUCAAUUUUCCUCAUUUUCACAUUUUCUGGUUCUACCACCACCAAUGGUUUUACUAAUCCCAAACAGGUUGUUGAGAUCAUUGAGGAGAAACCAGAAGAGGAGCCAGAAAUUACACACAGAGUAUUUUUGGAUAUUGAUAUUGAUAAACAGCGUUUAGGUAGGAUAGUGAUUGGAUUAUAUGGCCAAGUUGUACCGAAAACUGUGGAAAAUUUUAGAGCUUUGUGUACAGGGGAGAAAGGAAAGAGUGAAAAUGGCAUAAAGCUUCAUUACAAAGGAACACCAUUUCAUCGGAUAAUAUCUGGUUUUGUGAUUCAGGGUGGAGACAUUGUUCAUCAUGAUGGUAAAGGGUCUGAAUCUAUUUUUGGUGGCACCUUUCCUGAUGAGAAUUUCAAGAUUAAACAUUCUCAUGCCGGAGUUGUUUCUAUGGCAAAUUCAGGACCUGAUUCCAAUGGCUCACAGUUUUUCCUUACCACAGUGAAGGCCAGAUGGUUGGAUGGAGAGCAUGUUGUCUUUGGCAAGGUUGUUCAAGGCAUGGAUAUUGUGUAUGUAAUUGAAGGGGGAGCCGGAACUUACAGUGGAAAACCCAGAAAGAAGGUGGUGAUAGCAGACUCUGGGGAGAUACCAAAGAUCCACUGGGAUGAGGAAACUUGAACUUCCUCCUUUUAACAUAUGUUUGGAUUAUGGUUUGGAUAGCAGACACGGCUGGUUUGUCUUUGAUCUUGAUUCGAAGUCUUAAACCAUGCUUUACAUGCCAACUUGACUUAAAAAAGAAUUGGUAGAUACUAGAUUGUUAUUAAAAAUAUACUGAAGCCCGGUUUCUUUUAAUGUAAGCAAUAUAUUUGGUAAGUCCAUUUUAUGUUUUUAUGUUUUUUUAAAUCAUUCCUGUUUAUUUAUAUUGAACACGGCCCUUUUCUGUAGAGAAAGGGGAAAUCA